AUGGCACCCAAGAGGGAGAAGGCGGCAACCAAUGGCAGUACUCUGCGUCCUUCUGCUGCCCGUACUACAAAUGUAGGAAAGCAGGCGGGCUUGGCUAUGUCGACUCCCACCUCUGAACCGAGCUCGCGAGCAAAAACCCCAAGGAAACCUGGUACCUCCGCCAAAAGAAAAUGGAGCGAAGAGCAGCUACUCACAAGCGACAAGUCCGCUCUUAUUCACAUGGACUUGGUGAAACUGCUGUCACACCCAAAAGCUUGGGAUUGCCUUGAAGAGAGCGAGAAGCGCGAGAUCCUCGGUUUAUUACCCCCCGAUGUUCACCCUGAGGCGCAGGACAUCCCGGAAGACCUCAACGCCAAGCUUCCCCCAAUUCCUGAUAGCUUCAUCCGCUACUCAACCAACUGGCGCGACGGCUUGCGAGAAUUUCAGCUGGAUCUCGAAAACGGCCGAUAUGACCCAGAAUGGUUAAGACAAGCCCAAGAUGCCAGGCAACGUCGUACGGCGGGCGAGUUUGACGACUUCAAAGAGCGCGAAUACGAGGCGUUCUGGGGUCAAAAGCAGAAAGUCGUCUGGAACGCGCCUGCUGGAGAAAGCGCGCGAGUGAAGCUGGGAACGUUGGUCACGCAAGGCGUUGUCCAGUCGGGUGACGUUUGGAGAUUCCACUAUGUGUUCGGAAAAGGCGCAGACAGGAUUGUGGUUGAAAAGGAAGCCAGGGUCGAUGCGAUAAACGGAGCAAAGCUAACCUUCGUUGUUCCACCCGGUGACCGAGUUCUCCUCCGCAGUAAAUUUGACCAGGAACGGAACUCAAGCACGCCCAAGAAGGAGGAAGGCCAAGAAUUCGAUCUUCCAGCUGAUUCGGUCCCAGCCUUGAACCAGAAUGCGACGCUUGAUGAACACACAACGUCACAGAAACCUCCUUCAUCCCCAAACGACGGAAAGGAGCACGUCGAUAGUAUAACAGAGGCUCAUCCAGUGCUCGCAGCCCCUACUCACGAGCGGAACCUGGAGGAAGAGCCAGACUUCAGUGUUGUCAUUGUCAGCCCAGCGAAAGCUCGAAAUGCGAAACGUACAACUCCUCUCCCCGAACCGCAGCCUCCAACCAAGCGAAAGAGAGGACGACCACGCAAAGGUGCACCAGAUUCCAAUCCUGAGCCUGAGCCUGGGGUCCCUGAGGAACCGGAGACACCCAUAAAGGAUCAGCCCGAACUAGCGCCCCCUAUUACUGCACUCUCUAUUUUGGCCGAAGAAAUCAAGAAGAAUAACCAAGCCAUUGAUUGCUCCUAUCAACCGGAAUUUGCCGAUUUAGAUACGUUGUCGCCACUGUCCUCUCCCCUCUCUUCACCACCCGCCUCUCAGGAAACUGUGGAUGAACAUGCUAUCGCCCCUGUCGAUGAUGGAACGGUGAAAAUCCCGACAGACAAGACGGAACCCUCAGUCAUUGAGGGUACAUUCAUGGAACCAACCACGAGCGAUAACAUAGAGAUGUCUCCAGAAAAAGUCAUCGAAGCUGAUAAUGCUCUAUAUCAUGACACCACCACGGUUUCUAUCAUCAAAACCGAGCAAGUUGCAUCAACCACACCUGGAGCCCCAGAAUCAAAAACGAACGAAACUCCACCUUCAUCUCAAGUUACCACCGAUUUCGUAACCAACGAUAUGGGCGAGCUAAUUGUACCCAACAUUACCACACCAAGUUCCCUCGUCUUGGCGAUCCUGCAGAUCGAUGGGCGCAAGCCGGGUGGUCGUACAGGAAACGCAUGGAAAGAAUUACGGUGCUAUCGCGACAACCAGGACAUGGGUAGCCUCUUCGACGUUCGCGAGGCUUGGUUUAUGCAGCAUGGAAAACAUUGA